CGGAAGUGUCUCUACAGAGCGGAAACAACAUGUCGCCUCGUGUUUGACAGGUUGGUUUGACUCCAGUUAGCAAGUUUAACACAACUGAACCUCAUACGACUGUCAUCAGCUUCUACAGUUCAACCGCUGUAAAUGUGAGAGCUGUGACAUAUCAACCAGUCGUACCACUGUAUCUACUAUACAAAUACAACAUGUCCUCCCAGGAAGAUGUGGCUGCAGAGCCAGGCCCUGACACAAUGGGAUCCUCCUCCUCCUCCUCCUCCUCCUCCUCCACUGAGAAUGAUGCCACCACUGGGGACAUCAUCACCGUCACCAUUGGAGCAACGGUGCCCACAGGGUUUGAGCACACUGCUGCAGAAGAGAUCAAAGAGAAAAUUGGGGUUGAUGCACGUAUAAGCAAAGAUCGUGGGCGCGUAUACUUUCCAAUAACCACUGACAAGCUUUUCCAGGUCCAUCUCCUGAGGUCUGUGGACAAUCUGUUUGUUGUGGUUGAGGAAUAUGAUCAUUACCAGUUCAAAGAAUCAAAGGAGGAGACACUGAUGGAGCUGCAGCAGCUUGCCUCUAAACUGUCCUGGACCAAUGCUUUAGAGGUUUGGAAACUAAAUCGCACCCUAAAAAAGAAGAAAGGCUACCGGAAAGGAGGAAACGGCAACAAAGUCAAACCUACCAGCGAGGCCACUGAUGCAGCUGCUGCUGACACCGAGCAGCAAGAGCUCCUUCAAGGAGCGUCUGCCGCUGAAAGCCAGACGAAGGCCGAGAGCACGCCCGAUGUGGAUUCAAGUGCACAGGACUCGGGGGAGGCAGCACCACCCGAGGCCAAACUCAUCAAGUUUCGUGUGACGUGCAACAGGGCCGGUGACAAACACAGCUUUUCCUCUAAUGAGGCAGCCAGAGAUUUUGGUGGAGCCGUGCAAGAAUUCUUCCAGUGGAAAGCAGACAUGACAAAGUUUGACGUUGAGGUGUUACUAAACAUACACAAUGAAGAGGUGAUAAUCGGCAUUGCCCUCACAGAAGAGAGUCUUCACAGGAGAAACAUCAGUCACUUUGGACCCACUACUCUGCGGUCGACUUUGUGCUAUGGAAUGCUCAGGCUGUGUAAACCUCAGGUAUCCGAUAUAAUACUUGAUCCAAUGUGUGGGACUGGAGCUAUACCAUUGGAGGGGGCCAUUGAAUUUAACAGUUCAUUCUACAUUGCCGGUGACAACUAUGACAUGGCCGUUAACCGCACAGUCAAUAAUAUAUGUCACAUCCAGAAACGGAGGGCAGAAAAGGGCAGUGCAUCUGGAUUGCCCAUUGACACAGUGCGUUGGGAUCUGUGUAAUUUACCCGUAAGGACCAGCUCUGUUGACAUAAUCAUCACUGACAUGCCCUUUGGGAAGAGAAUGGGCUCUAAGAAGAAGAAUUGGGACCUUUACCCAUCCUGUCUGAGAGAAAUGGCCCGUGUGUGCAGACCAGGCUCCGGAAAGGCUGUCUUGUUGACACAGGACAAGAAAUGUUUUUCCAAGGCUAUCUCGAGGAUGGGAGGACUGUGGAAGAAGCUGCUCACUGUUUGGGUCAAUGUCGGCGGUUUACAUGCUGGAGUCUACCUCCUCAAGCGGACCGGGGCCGUGUUUGGGCAAACUCCGGAGGAUGUCUAUGAAUCACGAGGAAAGGUUAAUACACAGGGGGACGAGAAGGAUGACAAGCAGCUCUCCUAAUUCACGUCCUGAGUUUAAGUUCUGAAUUUGUAUUUGAGACCAUGUUCGAUUAACAUUAUUUAUCUUCUCUUAGUCCAGGUUCUCUGGGCAAGUGAGCCAAGCAGCUUCAAGUGUAUCAUUUUUGUAUUUCUCAUUUGUUUUAAUGAGACAAAUGCCUAACUGGAAAGAGAACAGCUGUUUUCAUGUCCACCAGAGCUGUGCUCUCACACUCUGUUUGACUGGCAGUUAACUGUUCAGACACCAGCUUCACUGCAAACCUCAAACCCGCUGUGUCCUCUUAACAGUAACUGCUCAUUGCCAUGUGUUCUGAUUUAAUAAAGAUUCAAACAAAA